AUGCGUGGAAUACCAGAGAGACAAUUGCAGAUGGUGACGCUGGAUAUUCUUCAUCACGGAAAAAAUACCUACCUGAUAACUGUUGACUGCUACAGUUACUUUUUCGAAGUUGAUUCAUUGCGAUCCAGCACAUCGGUGGAAACCAUUGAUGAACGGCGCGUUCACGUCACACGACACGGAAAACCACCUCAGGCCCCCAGUUUCGUAGUACCGAAUUCCUGGAAUUCAAUGAACAAUGGGGUUUUGGGCACCACGUUACCAGCCCCUAACAUAAUCCAAAGACAUGGUUUGGAUGCAACCACUGGAGCUAACGGAGAAGUUGUGGGCGAAGAGAAAAGUGAUAGCGCAAGCAAAACAUUCGCAACUAGUACGCUGUGGCCUAAGAAAAAUGCGGAGAAAUAG